AUGCGUACCGAAGCAUUCAAGCUCCUCGCGGCUCUGGCAGUCGCCUUUCCAACUGUCUCUGCCUGUGUGGGCAAGGACGCCCUUCCAACCGCGACAGAGACAAUCAGCAACACUGAGCCUAUCGAGGUGGCUGCUGGCGAGUCAUACGAUGGCAAGAUGGCCCGCUUCGACAGAGGAUCGGGUGCCUGCAAAGCCCAGACGGAAGGUGGUCAGAAGGACACCGUUUUCCUCCUCCGCAAGGGCGCCACCCUGAAGAACGCCAUUAUCGGAAAGGACCAGAUGGAGGGCGUGUACUGCAUCGGUGGUGGCUGCACCAUCGAGAACGUGUGGUUCGAGGACGUCUGCGAGGAUGCCAUCUCCAUUAAAGAGGAUGAGGCCGGCACUGAGACUCGUAUCAUCGGUGGCGGUGCCUACAACGCUGCGGACAAGGUUGUUCAGCACAACGGCUGCGGAAGUGUCAGCAUUUCAAACUUUUACGCCUCUGACUACGGCAAGGUCUACAGAGCCUGCGGCACUUGCGAUGCUUGCAAGCGUACCGUCACGAUCGAGGGAGUCUCUGCCUAUGGCGGCGGCGAGGUUGCUGGCAUCAACGAGGAGACCGGCGACGAGGCGACUCUCGUCAACGUCUGCACUGACGCUAAGACUCCGUGCCAGCUGUACAAUGGCCCCGGCGAGAAGUCUGGAUCUUGUUAA